CCCUCGUCCAGCCAAAGCGCAAAGAAUCACCCACUAUGCUCAAGCAGCUCUUGAUCCUGGGCCUUGCUGCCGCUCUCGCACUGGCGUCCUCAACCUCGGCUUCAGCCACUCCUGAUGAUUCUCUCUUGAAGCGACAGACGAACCCCACACUCUACACCUGUCGGGACUGUGUCGUCACCUCUGUUGCUACGCAUGACUUCACUGUCCGCGAAGCCCGCAAGUGCUUCAACACGAUUGGUGCUGGAAUCGUCAAACAGUCUCAGAACAAAUGCAAAGGUCGCUGCUUUGGCGCACGUCUGCCCAAGUAUAGUCUCCUUGAUGACUUUCCAUCACAGCGAAUGAUGAAGCUCGGAGCAGGCCAAUACGGCUGGCAGAAGUUGGUCGACUUUGAGAACUUGGACAUUGAUAUCCAGCCCGGUAGCGCGUUCGUGCGAAAGGAUUGGCCUUGCGCUAAUGGCCUUCAAGGAAGUGUGACCUGCCCCGACUGUAGGCACUGAUCACUUUGCCGGGCUCGCGAGAGAAGGGCUCUGAAGGGAAGGCGGGGCAUUGACAGGCUGGAAGUCAGUAUGGCUCCGCUUCGAAUGUCUUGCUAAGGAUGUAUACGUCCAUCAGAAUGACAACCAUAUGACAAAGUCUUGUCUUUCAAUACGAUGAUCUCUCCA